GCCCCGGCGCGAAUGAUGCCAGUCAGUUGCCUGGCUGGUUCGAGGCUGACCAGGAACAGAGUGACUCCUUGUGCGAUGCGUCCUCUAUUUAGAAGCGCUGCGCCGUGUUACUUCCCGCUCUUUCAGCCUUUCUUUCUGCAUCGACUGUGCCCCUGCCAUUCUACUGUCGGUUUUACUUCACUAUCUCCAACAUCUACGCAUUGAGUACUAGACGCGCUGCUCCCAGUCUAGAGAGCGAUGUCUGAGCUCGUACGAUCGCACAGUUUCCAAACCCCCCAGGAGUACUACGCCAGCUUCAAGACCAGGCCGCAUCUGCAGGACAAAUUCGCCGACAUCGACAAUGCAGCCAAUCUCAAGUCCUACCUGGCGCUGUUGAAGGACCCCCAGACCCGCAACUUCGUGCUCGAUUUCGGCAAUGACGACGCUUGGUCUGCGGUGAAUCUGAACCACGAGGAUUUCGCGCUGCUCCUGCGCAAGCCAAAGCCAAAAUGCUUUGGUACUCGGUGGAUUAAUAUUUGGGCCCCGGAACAACAGAAGGAACUCGUCAAGGCCCUCGCCAGCCAUUAUGGUGUAUCCGAGCGCUUACAGGGAAUGAUGUGUACAGACCCCGUGGAACGUCCGUCGAAGGCCCCCGUGCCCCCCGAGCCUCUCAAAAACAACUUCCGGCCGAUGGACCGCUUGCGUCGCUCUCGCCCGGAUGACAUUGAAGAUAACCCCCUGCAUGAUCUGGAGCCGGAGGAGAUCCGCGCAGCUGCAUCGUUCAGAGGCCUCACAUUCGCCAAUGUGAUUGACCAGAUCUGGCACUUUUGCUCCGUGGAUUAUGGCCCAAGAUAUACCUGCGUCGGAUACAACUCUCUAUAUGUUAUACCGCAUCUCGAUAUGUCCAAUGGAAAGGAAUUGCCAGAGGGAAGACGGCUAUGGGCCUGGUUGAUUCUGUGUGAUGAUGGGACCGUCAUCUGUAUGCAAGAGAACCCAUUCCCGGGUCUUUCUGGGCCGUCGGAGAAAGAGCUGAAGGGCGUUCUCGGUGUUGUUCGCAGAAACAUGCAACUCAUCUUCGCAGGAGUUUCCAAGCAGCACUUCGCUUCGUCUGAAAGCGACUCGUUGGUCACGAUCCGGGUACGACCGUUUUAUGAGGGUGGUCCUGAGCAGGUCAGCAUCAAGCAGGACGAUGGUCCAAGUCUACUGUUCUACUACAUAUUUGACGACUGGGUUUCGUCGUACGCGCUUGUUGCGAAGCGCGAACACAAGUAUGGAGUAUCACUUGAUCAGCUGAGACAAAAUAUGUUAUCGAGACCCGUCGUCGACCUCGUCAAUGAAUUACACUGGCUGGGGCGACGGUUGGCUGUCCUGAGGCGCGUCUACCAAAGCUACGAGCUUAUCAUGACGCGCAUACUGCAAAGACAGCGUUUCCUUCGCGACGAGGCCCGCUCCAGCCGCCCUCCGCUAGCAAUUGGGCAAAGCUUUGGGGACCACGACGUGGCAGAUGGCCGAUAUUCCACCACACAGAGUAGUUUCUAUCUCCCGGUCGUCCCCGAUGCCACCGUCGGGGUGCAACUGAGUUCUGCUGCCGUGGCUCGAUUCGAAAGGUUGCUGGACCGAAUCAAGCUAUACUGUCUGUCCGAGAUCGACGCUUGUCUGACAGAAAAGGAGAACCUCACAUUUCUGAACUUCAACUUGAUUGCGCUCAAGGACUCCCAGGCCGUGGAGAAGUUGACCCGAAUCACCAUCCUCUUAGCCAAAGUGACGAUUCUUUUCCUGCCAGUCAGUCUGAUGACCGGGUAUUUCUCCACCGAGCUCCAGAACGUCAAGGGAGAGUAUACGAUCAAUCAAUACUGGAUCAGCUUCGGGGUGAUCAUGUUCCUGUCUGCGAUCUCGCUCUUUGUCUUCGGGUACGCCAGCGAUACCGUGGAAGGGAAGACCAUUUACCAAUCGCUGUCCCGGAGCUUCUUCCGGAUGUCAAGGGACAGAGUCUCGUCCCAUAAAAAUGAAGGCCCAGGCAGCGCGAAUCGUCGAACUUGA